GAGUCGUGCAAACUUUCUGCCGUAUUCCAGAAACCAAGCAGGUUGCAUCUAACACUAAAGAUGCUCACACUGCUGGAUGAGGAAGAAGUAGAAGAGGCAAAAAAGACUGUGGAUGCAGCGAUCACGGGCUGUAUGAGUAAAAUCCUGGCGAACAAGCCUUUGGAAGCUGAAAUUGGAGGGCUCGACGUAAUGAACGACGAUCCGGCGCAUGCCCGAGUGCUCUAUGCAUGCGUGUCGUCGGGUAGGUUAGUCUUAUUUGCCACUUUCACUGUUCUUCACUGUUCUUCAUGGUCAUUGAUAUAA